CUGCGUACUGCAUCUGUUACGGCCAUAUAUGGCCUGGAGCGGGUAAAGUACAGCAUCCACCAAGAGCUUGGCCAUUUCUGCUGGCUAUACACCGCGCUGGACAAGGAAAGUGUAAUGAUCGUGAACAAUGGGCCGUUGGAGCUGGAACCGUUCGUGGAGCGCCUUCAUGAACUGCAUGAGCUGUGCCGAAAAUUGGCUUAUUUCAGCGAAAUGCACGAUAUUCGUGCAGCUCUAUUGGCUUGGAGGCUGCCGACCGAUGCGGCAGAACUACGGGUUUUCACGAAGAACUUCGUGGAGGAGAUCCAGGACAAAAUCACAAAGGAACUUCGUCGACGUGAAGAUCACGUCGACCAAUUGAAGGUUUUUGCGGCCUGUUUGGAGAUUGAAGAAUUUGUGGCAGCCGCCAACAGAAGUUAG